AUGACUUCGAACGCGGACGAGGAUUUAACCGAGAACAUCAAGUUCUUAUGGUAAGUUAUUGUUUAUUUUUCUAUAUUUUACCUUUUUAUAUUAAAAUUUACCUGUUUUAAUUCAAAAAUCGCAAAAAUUUUCAUCAGAAUUGGCUUGAUAUUGUUUUAGCGAGAAAAUUGAUGGAUUUGAAGACAUUAUCAGGCAACCUUCCGAGGAAACCUACGCCAAACUGUUCCAGAUUCUCACACAGAAGUGUAAAGACCAUGACCGAGCCAAACAGGUAACAGUUUACUUGUUUUACAUUGUUGUUGUGUUUGAUAAACGGUUUGCUUUCAUAAGUUAAAAUUAGGUAAUAUAUUGACUUUAGAUCUUAUUUUUAUUUUUUUUUUAUUAAUUUUAAGGAUUUUUUUACGUUUUGAUGUAUAUUAGAUAGAUCUUUUGAUUUUCAUCGAACAAAUUUUGGUGUAUAUUACUUUAGAUGGUGUAGAUGUUUGUCGAUGGUGUAAAACAAUAUGUGGAGGUGUUACUUUUGAUUUUUUUGAAUAAGAAAGUCAAGAAGGAUCUUUUUAACCUUUAGAAAGAUUUUAGAAUGUUUUCGUUUCACUUUUGAGUCGAAAAAAAAAUAAUUUAUAUUAUAGUAGGUGAAGAUGUGGUUGAUGGUUUGCUUUUUGUUGUAACUUUUUUCAUUUUAUAGAUAUAGACUUGAAACUUUGUGUGUUUUUAGAUUAAUUACUUCUUUAACUAAUUUGAAAAAGAAAACUCUGCAAUUUUUCAAAACUUUGAAGUUACAGUAAUUUUACCGUAACACCAUAGUUUCUUCAAAAUUUUAGAAUUUAAAAAAAAAAUUAUUGCUGUAUGAGAAUAUAAGAUUAUUUUUAUUAUAUUAUAAGGCAUCUAAGUCUAGAUAUAUCAAUAAUUUUUUUAAAUUUUCAGUACAUUGACAUGAUAACCGCGGAAGUGCAAAAGAGCAAUUCCAUGGUUGAUAACAUGAGACGUGAGUUGGUGAAAGCCCGAGAGCACAUUAAGGAGUUGACAUUGAGUUGUGAUUCGAGUAUGAGCAAAAAUGCUCAGGCCAGAGUUGAGUUUCAAAGGCUUAUGUCUGACUUUAAGGCAUUACAAGAGGUGUGUGAACGUCAGCGAAGGGAACAAAAUCAAGGACCUGAUUUGGCUCCGAAGAGUAGACCGUCAGUUUUUUUUUUUGUUUUUGGUUGAUAAGUUUAAAUUUUUGAUGGUUUUUGAUUUUUUAUAGUCUUUUAUAGUUUUUGUGGGCACGGCAAUGUCGAGCGGGGUAAUUUGUGUCUGGGGAUGAGUUAAACUCUCUUUUUGGUGUUUUGGUUGAUAAUGUUUUUUAAAUUUCAAAAUGUUUUAGGAGUGAAAUGCAAGCUCACAUUCGAUAUCUAGAAGGUGAACUUCACAAGUAUGCGAACAUUCGGAAAAAAACUACAGAAUACAUCUCGUAAGUUGUUUCUUCUUAUUAUUUUUGACUUAUUUUUGAUAUUAUUGUUGGUAAUGGGGCUAUAACUUUUGUUUUUUUUAAUUCACAGUAUCUUACAGUUAGUUUUUAUCAAUUUAAAAUGUUCAAAAGCAAGUGUUGUUAGCUUAAAAUGUAGAAAAUGUUAUUUUAGACGAGUUCACGCCGAAACAGACAAGUGGAAGAACAAAUGUAAUGAGAAUCAAAAGCAGUUGGAUGCGGUUUGUGAGGAGAAUGUUCGCCAAGUUGAGUUUCGAGCACGUGCUGAAGAUUGCAUCUACGAAAUCAGUCGUAGCUGCUUCAAUUUGAAUUUUGAUAAGGUAAGAAGAUUUUGUUUAGGCUAUUAUGUUUAGGCUUAGUUAGCUUUGUUUUAGUAGGCUUAGGCUUAGUAGGCUUAAACUUAGUAGGCUUUGGUUUAGUAGGCUUAGAGUUAGUAGGCUUAAACUUAGUAGGCUUAGUUUUAGUAGGCUUAGGCUUAGUAGGCUUAGGCUUAGUAGGCUUAGGCUUAGUAGGCUAGGCUUACUAGGCUUAGACUUAGUAGGCUUAGACGUAGUAGGCUUAGACUUAGUAGGCUUAGGCUUAGUAUGCUUAGGCUUAGUAGGCUUAGGCUUAGUAGGCUUAGGCUUAGUAGGCUUAGGCUUGGUAGGCUUAGGCUUAGUAGGCUUAGGCUUAGGCUUAGUAGGCUUAGGCUUAGGCUUAGGCUUAGUAGGCUUAGUAGGCUUAGGCUUAGUAGGCUUAGGCUUAGUAGGCUUAGGCUUAGUAGGCUUAGGCUUAGUAGGCUUAGGCUUAGUAGGCUUAGGCUUAGUAGGCUUAGGCUUAGUAGGCUUAGGCUUAGUAGGCUUAGGUUUAGAAUUAGUUAAAUCUUAAUUUGUAGACUCAAGCUAAAUUUUUUAGGUUUAUGCCGCAUCUUAGUAUAAUAGUACUCUUUUUCCAGCACUACCUUUUGAGUGCUUUCCAAUUCCUCGAGUACGAGUUUGCCGACUUUCUCGAGCGCAACGGAAUCGUCCACUUCAAAACCAAACUGGACAUUGCUCAAUAUCAAGAUGGUGAACCGCCAUCCAGAAAACGCAAAAAUCCAGGAGAUUCAGCACUAUCAGCUAACAAGGAAAUCGACCUCCUCAGUGCCUACUAUGCCAUGGUCAAAAAACGAAGACUCUCGUUGAAUCCGGCUUGCGAAAUCGACGAAUGCUCUAGAUUCAUGCGUCACGAACAGAUCAGACAACGUGGAAUGACUAGCUAUUCCGAGAAUGGGUCCAAAAAGUAAGGAAUCUUAAGUUGAAAUUAGACCUGUAGGAUGGGAGGGGAGGAGAGGCUUGCUAGGCUUGUCUUGGCCGAAGUUGGGUGUUUAGGUAACAAAUUUCCAAAAAUUGACCAAAUUUUGUUUCAGGGUCAUGCCACCUUCACCAACUUCACCACCUCCUUUAUGA